AGUCAAAUGCCAGUAGCAGAUCUACACGCACACAAUAGUCAACAAUCUCAAGUCCUUUUCUCAUACACUGUCAAUGAUGAUCUCAAUUGGAAAUGCGUUAUCUUGAUGUGUUAA